GUGGCUCCUCUUCCUCCCGUGUCCCUUCCCAGGCACCUGCCGAUGAUUGCUGCUCUGCUGCAUGGCCGGAUCCACCUCAAUUUCCAGGAAUUCCGCCAGCAGAAGCAUCUCGCCUUCUUCCUUCACGUGCUCGGCAUUCUGGAGCUCCUGCAGCCUCAAGUUUUCCAGAACGAGCACCAGGGGGCGAUGUGGGACUGUCUCCUUUCCUUCAUUCAGUUGCUUCUGAGCUACCGGAAGUCUUCUCGCCACCUGGCCUGCUUCAUCACCAAAUUCGUGCAGUUCAUUCACAAGUACAUCACUUCCAAUGCUCCGGCCGCCGUCUCCUUCCUGCAGAAGCACUCCAGUCCCCUCCAUGACCUUUCCUCGGACAACAACGACCUGGCGAUGCUGAAAUCUCUUCUGGCUGGUCUCAGCCUGCCCAGUCGGGCUGGCGCUUCGGAUCGGGGAGCUGAAGAUGAAAAGAACGAUGAGGCCGCAGCUGGAUCUUUGCCCCUGGUCAGCGUCUCCCUCUUCACGCCACUCACCCCCGCUGAAAUGGCCCCCUACAUGAAGAGCCUGUCCAGGGGUCAGAACGUCGAGGAUAUCUUGGAGGUUCUGACCGACAUCGACGAGAUGGCUCGGCGGAGGCCGGAAAUCCUUGCUUUUUUCUCUACUCACUUGCAAAAACUGAUGAACUCCGAAGAGGAAACUUGCCGAAAUCUGGCUUUCAACCUCGCUCUGCGCUCCAUUCAGAAUAAUCCCAGCAUUGCGGCCGAUUUCCUGCCCACCUUCAUGUACUGCCUUGGCAGCUGCGACUUCGAAGUCGUCCAGACCGCCCUGAGAAACCUGCCCGAAUACACCCUGCUCUGCCAAG